UUCCUCAAACACUCAUCGGGCUUCAGUCUGAUCUCUGAUCUGUUACACGCUGAGAUCAACGUACGAUCGGACUAAAGCUUCUUAGCGUUUUACUUUUAAGUUAUACUUUUAAGUUUAUUUUUCCACAUGAUGUCCGAUCCGAAUCGGCGGAUGUCCUGGCACGAGGAUUUCACGAGAAACUUUUCCCGAUUGUUUUCCAGAAGUAAAUCAUUGGACAGAAACUCGAGUGAGGAUGAAGCAUCAAUGAUCACCUGUAAGGACCAAACACCUGAGCAGCAUCUGGACACAACAACAACACAGGAGUCGCUGCUGUGUGACGUACAGGACAGAAGCAGUGAGUCACGUGUGCAGGACAGCACGCAGAGGGGUGCAGGAGGGUCAGCGAUUGAACCUCCCCCCCUCUGUGCCCCCGCCUCGCAGUCCGGCCCAGCGGCGCCCCCUGUGGACGGCUUCUUCAAGCGGCUGGGUAGCUUGUUUCUCUUCAGCCAGGCAGAACCAGCCGGUGUCCAAAGACCCAGACAAGCGGAUACCGACGGCAGCCGUCCGAUCACGAGAGACUCGCAAACUAGCGCAGAGACACAGAAAACUGGAGGAUGUGUGGAUCCAUCUCUCUCUGUUCAGCUGUCUGACCAACAAACACUGGAGGUGUCUGAGUGUCAUUCAGAGGUUACACGCACGCAAUCUGAGGCACUGAGUGAAGAUCAUAGCAAUGCCGUAGACAUCAACUCUGCCAAAGAGAGUUUGGAGGAGAAGAGAUGUUUCGAUCUAGCCUGUCCUCCUGUGGUGACAUAUGGAACUUACCGGGGGCUGAGGGAUGCCAAGAGACAAAAGAGAAAGCAUUGCAUGGAGCUCUGUUCAUCUGUUUCUGAGGGAGAGGUGGCUACUCGUCCAGAAAGCCAGAGACUAGGAGAGACUAACAUCUCUCCAACAAUUAAAAUGACCUCUGGUAGUCAGGAACAUCCCCCUGCUGUAAAUUCAUUAACUCACUCUCCGUCAUGGAUACAACAAAUGGAUAACGCUUUGACCCUUAGUCCUCUUUCCACUGACACAGAGAGUCAUGAUUGUGAUCCAGCUGUUAAAUGUGGACAAACUACUGUCAACAAUCUCCCUCAUGUUGAUAAAACCAACUCUGAUCAGUUAUUUAUUGGCAUAGGAGACUCAUUUGACGGAAUACAUAAGCCAGAAAGAAAUAAACUACAUAUGCUUUCUAACAGUAAACACAAGCAGUCUGCUCAGAGUUGGACACUAGAGACUGUGUCAGUGGAUCCUCAAAUGAGCUGGAAUCUGGAGAAGACGGAGUCAGAACUGAAACCAGAUGAAGUAGACUUUGGGUUGCAUAAGGAUGUCCUUGAACUGGAGUCUGUGAAGAUGGUUGACAACAUUCUGGUAAAUGCUUUUUCUGCCCUCCAAAGAUUAGAAGAAUCUGACCCGGAGAAUCACAUACUCUUAACCAGUGAUUUUACAAAAGAUUCAGGAUCGGUCCUGUUUGAAGGGGAAGAUAGAGAUGGUAAUGCAGAGCGGCAGUUCAGUGUGACGUUGGAUCAGUCACCAUCUGUAGUUCUGGAGGAUACCCUUGCAGGGGGGCGCAGCCAUGCGGAGGGCUGCAGGUCAACUCCUUCCUCAGGGUAUGAGUCCAUUGCUGGCUCUGACACUGACAUCAGGUGUUGUGUGGGCAUGACCGUUGAUGCUUGUACAAUUGAAACUGAUACAUCAGUAAAUCAGAGGAGCCAGACCCAAUCUGAACCCUUUAACCACAGUCUCGCAUCUAAUGAAACAGAUUCUGAAAUGAAAGACAGACCGAAGAUUGUAGAGCAGUUACCUGCUACCCAAAGCCAUAAUCCUCAGUCAGAAAGCAUUGAGCGGGAACAGAUCUGCUCUGACUCUAAGGCCAAAACAGAUGUGAGAUUCCUUGUGGUGGACAGUUCUUUACCAUCUGAGGCUGCAGUCCAGUCAGAUGAAUAUGUGGAGUCGGGAGGACACGGCUCAUCUCGGUGGACCUCUGUGAAAGCAUUCUGCUGUAAUGUUACAAAUGAUCUAAGCCCUGGAUCAUUUGAGGAAAAUUUUCAGACAGAACUCAGCUUGGAUCAAGCAGAGGGAACAACAUCAGCUAUGACUCUAUCCACUAAGAUGAUUCAACUUGACUUCCCAGGCUGUUCCGUUCCCCAACAUUCCCGUUAUCAUGAGCUUGACCUCGUCCAGGUGGAUGAAGGCUUUGGGAUAAUCAGCGAGGAGGAAGAGAUAGACACGGUGUUUGUGAAUGACAUGGGUCCCGUUCACAGUCCUAGCACACGUAGAGCCAAAGCUUACCCCUUCUCUUUGUCUCCUAUCUAUGAGGAGGAAUCUGUGCGUGAGGAUACCUCGAGGCAGGAAAUGCUGCAGGUUCCCCAAGCAACAGAGGAGGAGCAGGAAUAUGUUGAACAGCCGGCAUUGUCCAUUCUUUCUCUUUUACAGUCUGUCAGUGAAAAGCUGCAGUCCAGCAUGCUGUGCGGUUCAGAUGAAGGCCAUGUAGAGUCUUUAAGGACUGUCUUCAGACCACCGUGGGACCACCACAGAGAAGACAGCAAGAGAGAAAAGGAUAUGUCCAGUAUCUUACUGAACCAACUGCUCACUGAGUUCAAAACUGUCAAUGAUCCAAACACUGAGGACGAACUUUGCUCCAGUAUUAAUCAAACAGCUAAUGAAACCCAGAAUGGACUACAGGAAGAGCCAAACUGUGAUGGCAUGCUGGACGAUGUUAGGAAGAAUGCCAGUACACCUUUAUAUCAGUAUUUGAAAUCUAGUGUAAAGUCAUCAACUGAAAAGGAACCUAAAGAUACUAAACACUGUAGUGCUGUAUGCCAUAGUAAAAUUAACAAGGCCAUUACGGAAGAGAUUGGAGGAUUUGGAAAGUUUAGUCCUAGAUCAUCUGUCUUAUGUAUCUAUGAGGGUCAGUCGCUCAGCGGUGAGAGAAGAGAAAUAUUUGGUGAUGUGGAGGAUGCACAGACGGUUCUGUUUUCUCACAGAGUCACAGUUCAUGCACUUAAAGGAUGUUGGCUACUGCAUGCGGAUUCGUCUUACCGUGGGCCGUGUGUUCUCUUGGAGGAGGGUCAGACUGUGUGGACCAGUGGAGACGCUCGACAGAACCUGAAUGAGUUCACAGAACCUGACAGAACCGACGUUACUGACAUCCAAUCUGUGGGCUCGAUCAGGGCACUGCUGAGGGAUGACAGUGUUCCAGAGAUACAUAUACAUCCCAGCAUGUCUCAUAUGAGAGAUACCGUCCGACUGUUUUCUGCAAGAGAUCUGACGGAACAGCAUGGCCUUGUGUUACAGCAAGACCUCUGUGUCAAAACUGGAUGCUGGCUGGUUUAUGACAAGCCUGGAUUCAGCGGCAAUUCUGCUGUUCUGGAAACGGAAGGAAGGGUCACACCACUUCUCCAGAAUUCCCUUUUGUCACACGUAAAGAGUCUUCGACCGUUGAAAAUGGGUGGACUGAAGGUGAUGAGAUCUCUCGACCCAAAGGUGAUCUUGUAUGAGAAGCUGAAUUUCCAGGGCAAGAAGAAGGAACUGUUGGACCACGCACCCAGUCUGAUGGUCACAGAAGGACUCGUCAGCAUCUCUUCAAUACGAGUUAUGGGUGGAAUAUGGGUAUGUUUCUCCAGACAGGGCUUCAGAGGUCAUCAGUGUGUUCUGGAAGAAGGUCAAUACAGUAAAUGUACAGCACUUUUCAGCCAAACUCAGUCCACAAUCAAAUCACUGCGCUACAUUCAGAGCGAUUUCCUGGAGCCGACAGUUUGUCUGAAGAGCUGUGAUCAGGAGAUCAGCGUGGUGGAUGUGGACGUUCCUGACCUGAAGCUUUACGGUCCAGCUGGAGAAGCAGACAGCAUCCAUGUGAUGAGUGGAGUUUGGGUGGCGUACAGUGAGCAGGGAUUCACAGGAGAGCAGUAUGUUCUGGAGAAAGGACGCCAUCCUGGGGCUCUUGAAUGGGGCAGCGGGCAAAGUUCACCACGCUCACUGAGGCCAAUUCGCAGGGAGGUUUGCGGUAUUGCAGAACCAAAGUUUUUGUUACGCGCUUACACCCAGCCGCAUUAUACCGGUGAGGUCACAGAGUUUGUGGACGAAGUCCUAGACUGCAGCUCUCCGGGCAUGGCAUCAUUCCGGGUGAUCCGAGGAAGUUGGCUGCUGUUUGAUGAGAAGGGUUACUUUGGUAACCAGUAUGUCUUGGUGGAGGGUCUUUACCCUGAUCUCACUUCAUUUGGCUGUGUGUCAACAGCCGUCCGGUCGCUAAAGCCAAUCUCAUACACUUUUACAGAUCCCUCCGUCAGUUUGUUCUCUCUUAGCAGCUUUGAGGGACCUGAGGUAACUUUAUAUUCUGAUGUGGAGAACAUGGAUCAGUUCUUCAGCCAGUCUCUGAGAGUCAACAGCGGCCUGUGGGUGGCUUAUGAAUACAAUCACUUUAAUGGUCGUCAGAUGCUUCUGCCACCUGGAGAAUAUUCAGACUGGGGAAAACACUGCAACUGGGACACGAUUGGAUCAUUAAAGUUCCUCAGACAGCCAAAAGUACAAAUUAAGCUGCGUAAUCGAGGUCUGGGCUCCGUCCUGACCAUUGAGAGCGAUCCGGAGGAUUCGUUUCCAGCAAAAGUCUUCCUGAGUUCUGCUGACUGCUUACUGAAAACACAGUGCUGGAUCUUUGCUGAUGGUCUUCUGAAAAACCCGUUGCGUAGGGGCUGUCUGUCUGUGAUUGGAGCAAAGGCGUGUGUGGGGGCAAGAGUGGCAUUAUGGGAAGAGCAUGGGCGCAUGAAUCAAAGGUGGACUUUUAAUGAGGAUGGUACCAUCUCAUCUCAUUUGAACCGUAGCCUGGUGCUGGACCUGAAAGGUGAAAGUGACAGAGAGCAUCUCAUUUUGAGUCAGCUUUGUGCCAACAAGGUCACUCAAACGUGGGACAUGGACGUGUUGUGACGCUGAAGCUUUCAUACAUCCAGACAUUAUAUCAAGGUGUCGACCUUGGCUAAUGUAGCCUGACUUCAUUUCAACCACUCACAAGUGGCAAUAAUUGAGUAGUGUCUGUUUCUCUGAAAAAUGUACAGCCUUGAUUUAAGUCACUGUCAUUAGGGAAACCAGAAUGAAAUGUUUUUUUUUUUUGUGAAGCACAUUUGCACUAUCAGAACCCUGCGUGCCGGUCAUGUCAUCGGUUUAAGAAAUCGAGUGACAUGCUUGGAUGUUUCAGGUAACAACUUUAAUCAGGUUAGGGAAAUCAAGUUGCACAUACUCAAACUUUUGGCUAAUGGCAUUCAGAUAGUUUAAGUCAAAGCUACUCAUUUUGCUGGAAUGUUGCUGAACAGUAAUCUGCUUAUAAAGCAAGAAAUGUACAGAGAGCAAUGUUUAUCUGUUAAUGUGUACAGCAGUGUCAAUGUAGUUGUUUUCUUCCAGAAUGACUCCUGAAAAUGUAUGUUGUAAAAUAUGUAUAUUCAUUAAUGAAAUGUGAUACAUUGUGUGACAACCAACUAUCACAGAGGACAUGGAAAAUUAAACAUUGUUUUAUUCAGUAACAA